CUAUGCGACAAAAUAAGUUCGUCUGAGUAAUUUAGAACUAUGUCUAAACUAGCUCACUUCCUUUGGCAAUUGCAGAGGUGGCGGAAGUACGUCAGUUAUCUGGGCUCUGGGCAUUUACUGCACUCUCUCCAAUUUCAGAUGGAGGGGAAAAGAAGGGAGAGCAGAUUUUAAUCAUUCCUGUGUCUUUAAAGCUACUCAUCAAAGCUUUGCCUUUUCUGGGAAGGAAAUAGACGAUGUAUCGCGAACAGCAAAGGAAGCACGGACGGUGUACAGGAAUGGAUAUUUAAAACUUACACGGCCCUGGAUGUAGCCGUUGCUUUCUUUUCCUUGUUGGCUGGUACAUGGGGUUUGAUCACAGUGUGGAGGAUUGUACUGUGAAGUGAACGGAGGAUCAUUUGGAAAAUAGGCUAUUGCGUUUAGGUAGCUGAAGACUUGGGAGAAAUCCUUACCUCGCUUCGUCUGGUUGUAUACUGGUCUUACGGUGAAACUUAGCAGAAUGAGAUAGUUAUUUCUCAAAACUUGCAUUUAUUAUGUGCUUUAUUCACGAAUGAACCAUUUGAUAUUUUACUGUCAAGCACGCAGCUUGUUGUAAAGACGUGUAUUUUUAGAUUCGCUUUUUGACAGUGGGUCAUGAAUAAAUAGGGUGGUGGAAAACAUGGGCCAGCGACAUGAUUUCUCUGCCUUGUCUGCAGUAUGCAGAUAUUAAUGUGCUCCACCAAUGCAACAAAGUUGCAAACCAAGUGAAAUGCAUGUAGCCUAUUGCAACUAUAUAUCAGAUUUGCACCUGUUUAAAUGAAGAGCACUUCGAUGUUUUAGCGCUAGAUCUCGAAAAUACGGGCAAGAUUUUUCGCCUCUUCGUCCUCAUGGAGCAGUUGAACAUUUGUUUGUUUAUUAUUUUAGGGAGCUAUUUAUCCAAGGUCAUUCUGUAGAUUGUCCGUUUUUAUUUAUACACGCAUGUACAUAGCCUAUUGUAAGUUCGUAACGUUAACCUUAGUAGUCCCAUAAGGGAUCCGAACAGCCGACGCUUUGUGAUCUGGUGAGAUUUUUUAUUGCAACGAUUGUAAAAUGGAUGGGAAAUUGAAGCAGAGUCGGAGAUCGCGUUCCCAGCGUGAGAGGGGACGGAGACGGGAUUCUGCUGGCAGGGAUGCCCGCAAUCUGAGCCCUUCGUCUUGCUCAGACAGGGAGCAAACUCCUGGAAUGGAUCAUGCCUCUCAGAAUGGGAAAAAAGCCCCCCGUUCUCAUUCCACAUCUUCUACCAGAGCCCCGCGCCCCCCUCGUCGAAAGAGACGCGAGUCCAGCUCUCAAGAAGAGGAUAUAAUCGAUGGAUUUGCUAUCGCUAGCUUCGUCAGCUUGGAGUGUCUGGAGAAGAAGAAUGGCUCCAUGAAGAUGCCCGAUAGGAAAGAGCGAUGGGAGAAGCCGAUGGUGAAGAGGCAGCGAGAGGAGCAAGCGAACGGCGUCGCGGACGGAGUUGACCCCGCGGAGAAUGGGUUCGACGAGUGCGCCGCCAGCCUCGAGCGCGACCAGGAGCGGGUGAAGGAGAGGCUUCUGAAGAAGACGUACUCCAAGAAGAACAAACGGUUCAAAGGGUUUCCAGGCCGACCAGGAAGGAACCUUGAGGAGGAGGCCAUGCAGGAGCUGAGCAAGCCUCACCGGAGCAACUCCAGAGACAGACUCAGUGAGAGCUCGACUCACUCGCUGUCAGGGCGCGGCUACUCGUGUGACAGCGAGAGCGACAUUGAUGACAAGGCUUCUGAUGUAGGAUCAGAGAAACUUUUCUCACCGACUGCAGCUAAAGGUGUGACGCCGAAUGAGAAUCACGUGUCCAAGACCUGCAGUGCAACCAAAGUCUCAGGCCUCCAGCGCAGCCAGGAGCAGAGCAACGAGGUGCCCUUCGCGCCGCCCGCGCCAAGCCCCACCCCUGCCUCUCCACCCACCGGCUCCCCAGCGCCCGCUGCCGCGCCGCCGCCUCCCCGGGUGCGGCCCACGCCGCCUCCUCCGCCCCUGCCCCUGCCUCGGCCUCCGCUGAGCGUCAAGAAGGAGGCCGUCGCUGUCGUUGCCACCGCUGUCGCCACUGCGCCACCGCGCAUCCCCACCCCACCACUUCUCAGGACCCAGGGCCACCCCCACCCCCACCCCCACCCUCACCCCCAGACGCAGGAGCUGCGCGUGCCUCCGCCCCAGCACCACCUGCGGCCCGUGCUCAACCACCCUGUUCACCACCCGCUGCAGUACAACAGCCUCCACGACAUCAGCAGUCACACCGGGGGUGUCAGCAGCAGCCUCCCCCUCCCCAAACACCACCUUCCCCCCUCCCCCCACCUCAGCAGCCUGCCUGCCUCCAACCCCAACCUCCACCUGUCUGUGGCCAACCUCUCUACCUCGCCCUUCUCUUUGCGCUCCUCCGCCCAUCGCCAUCCGGCCAUGUUCGCAACCCCCGCCACACUGCCACCACCUCCAACCUUACCAACCAACAGCCUGGUGGUCCCGGGUCACCCCGCGGGCACCCCCUACCCAGAGCAUGACCUCCUGCGGCAGGAGCUGAACAACCGCUUCCUGGUUCAGAGUUCGGAGCGGAACAGGGGGCCGUCGGCGUCCCCCCUGGCCCCCGUGUCCCUCCUGAGGGCCGAGUUUCACCAACACCAGCACAUGCACCAGCACCAACACACCCACCAGCACACCUUUACGCCCUUCCCCACCGGCUUGCCACCGGCGGGCAUCAUUGCACCGCCCAAUGCACCUCCCAUGGUGCGUACCCCAGCCAGAAAUUUCGACAAAUAUGCUCCAAAGCUGGACAAUCCUUUCUUAAGACACUCAAGCUUCUUCCCCUCCUACCCUCCCACCAUGCCUGGGAUGCCUCCACUGCUGCCACAUUCAGGACCCUUCAGCUCACUGCAAGGAGCGUUCCAGCCUAAGGCCUCUAAUCCCCUGGAUGUCGGCGCUCGGCCUGGAGCCAUACCUCACACUCUCCUGCAGAAAGAUCCUCGGGUACCAGAUCCCUUCAGGACAUCAGUAAGAAAGCCUGGCAAAUGGUGUGCGGUUCAUGUACAAAUCGCCUGGCAAAUCUACCACCAUCAGCAGAAGAUGAAGCAGAUGCAGCUGGAUCCUCACAAACUGGACAUGAACGGGAAGCUGGACCUGUUCAGCCGGCCGCCCGCCCCAGGAGUCUUUCCAGGAUUCCCGUACCCUCAUGACCUGGCGCGACCUCUGUUCUCCUCUACAGGUUCAGGCCAUCCAGCUGCUUCGCCCUAUGGCCCUUCACCACACCACAGCGGAUUCCUGCCCACGAGCCACCUGGCAGGUAAGCAUCCUUUUAGUCGCUCCACUACCUUUGGCGGCCUCGGCAACCUUUCAAGCAGUGCCUUCGGAGGAUUAGGCAACCCCUCGCUCGGCGCCAACAACGUCUUUGGUCCAAAGGAUGGGCCAGGAUUGCCGGGCUUCAGCAGUCCCCACCACGACACCUGGAACCGGCUCCACCGCACCCCUCCCUCCUUCCCUACCCCUCCACAGUGGCCCAAGGCCGCGGACAUAGAGCGGAGCAACUCGGCUAACAGCCACGAGCGCGAGCGAGAACGGGAACGAGAGAGGGAGCGAGAGAGAGAGAAGGAACGAGAGAGGGAGAGGGAGAAAAGGGAUUCUUCCAUUGGAAAAGAGGAGAAAGAUAAAGACAGGGAUUCGCUGGAUCGGAACCGCCACUCCAACCGGUCCUCCCCUGCCUCCGCCCCAGUCGGCUACCAAAUCAGCAACCUGAUUCGGUCCAACAGCCAGAACUCCAGCGACUCGGGCCGCCACCACAGCUCGGAAAGGGCCCGCGAGACCGAGAAGGACAUGAUGGAGCGCCACCGAGAGGCCGCCAUGAUUGCCGACAUCAAGGUGAAGGAGAGCCGCUCCCCUGGAAAAGAGGUCCAGGAGCGCCGGUCCUCCGAGGACCAGUGCAAGCCCAUUCACCGCUCGCCCUCGCCUUACUCCAAGGCCGUUAACCCCGACACGGGUCUCAAGAUGGCUGCCGCCCUUCCUCCACCGAUCAAGGACGGCGACCGCAAGGAGCCACCAUCUGAGAUGAUCCACAAGGUCAAAAACGACAUGAAGAUCAAGGAGGAGCGCAAGGAGGAGCAGGAGGUGAUGGUGGUGGGGUCCGAGCCGCCCUCUCAGCCCACGGUGCCUCCCCCUCCACCUGCACCUCCCGCCCCUUCUGGCCCGCACCACCUCCACCCUCAGAUGACCCAUCAGCACCCUCCGCCCUCCCCCCGCUGCAGCGACCUCCCGACCUCGGCCGCCCUCCACGGCGUCCCCAUGCCGCACUCGCUCCCGCUCUCCAUGUCGGCCAUGCACCAGAUGGGCAGCCUGAAUGUGCUGGACCGCGCCCGCAUGGCCCCCUUCAUGGGCGUGAGUCCGUUAGCGGCGGCGGCAGCGGCGGGGCGCGAGCGUCUGCAGCACCCGGCGUUCAGCUGGGACCCGCUGCGGGAGGCCUACCGCAACCUGGACCUGCAGCGCCGCAUGGACUUCCAGCUGCGGGCCGAGCAGGUGCAGCGCUUCCAGCAGGGCUCCCCCUACGCCGAGGCGGCUGAGCGCGGCUACCGGGAGCGCGAGCCUCACGACUACGCGCACCACGAGCACCUGAUGGAGGUGCGGCGCGAGCAGGAGCGCAUGCGGCAGCAGGCCGAGGAGCGCGAGCGCAUGCACCUGCGUGAGGAGCUGGACCGGGCACGCCUGCACCAGCUCCACCAGUCGCCCAUGGAGGGACACCUCCCGCACAUGCCCCCCUUCAUGUCGCACCUCGGGGGGAUGCCUUACCCGAGACUCAGCCCCUCCACCGGGCACAAUGGCCUUCUCAACCGCACGCCUCCCACCGCAGCGCUAAGUGCCCCACCGCCACUCGUGCCCUCGGGAAGUGCCAGGCCGUCCUCGCCCAGACGGACUACCCCCCUCACCACCCAGGACCCCCGCGAUUACUCCCCCUCACGAAACCCCAAAGAGGUUGAGGCGCGAUAGCUUCACUUAUCUGGAUUGACUUUGGAGAGGAGUCUCUCCCAUUCUGAAGACAGAAUGCACUUAUUUUCCUGAGCGAAAAUCAAAAAUGUAAAAAAAAUUGAAAGAGACGUGUAUAAAUUGUACAAAGAUUUGUACAGCUGAAGAAGCACACGCCAUUAUUUUAUAUGGACUUGCAGAGAAGGUUGGUUUGGAAAAAAGUUGAAACUCAAAGCAUAUGUUCAUUACCAAUUUAAAAAUUGAUAUUAAUAUAUUAAUCCAAUUCUUCUAUCAUUUUUUUCGUGUGAAAAGUGAAAUUAUGAAAUGAGUUUGUACAUUUCCUAUUAUCUUUCCAUGUAUAGACAUUAUUUUUAUGAAUUUGCAUAUUGUUGCAUUACAGUAUGUCACAUUUCCCCCAGUGUCUAUUCCUGUCCACUGUAAAUCAUGUCCACAGUGGAGGCUGGAUUUUUUUUAAAGAAUUGCUUGAACAGUCAAUUUUCCCUACGGUACCUUAAAGUUCUCAGUGCUGAUGUAAAAGAAAAUUACAUUUAAGGUGGUUUUGUUCAAUUGGUUUGCCUUUGAGAUUGAGACAAAAAGUGUAUUAUCCCUGUUGGUUAUUGUAAAGAAAAACAAUGUAAAUAUCUUGUUGAUAUUCCGCGAGACGAAAAAUUACCAUGUAAAUUUACUAGGCUUUUUAAAUGUUUCUAGAAAAACAAAAUUAAAUAAAAUUGAAACCACUUCCGAAAUGAAACCAUGGUAACAGACCAGCCAGCGCAAUCAAAAAGAAGGCAAGCAUUAAAGCGCGGUCAUAGAGUGAAGACAUGCAAUCUAUGCAACAACGCAUUGGAAGACCGUGAUGGAGUACAACCUGCAAGUGAUAUUGGGAAUAUUUUAUGAGGAAGGAACCUGGAUUACUGACACCCAUCUGUUUUUCAAACAAAGGAUUAUAAAACUGAACUAGAGCCUGCCAGGUCCAAGACAAACUUUCAUAGAAACAAAACAGUCUUGCAGCCCUAGAGAACUUGGGAGGAAAGAGAUUGAUUGAUUGGGCGGCAAUAGACUUUCUCUGUCGACCUUGUGGUGUUGUGCAGUUUCUUCUUUUCUUAGACUCUUGUAUACAAAACAAGUAGAGUUUUAGGCGUGCAAAAAAUGAACAUUCAUGGUUUUAAAAUGUACGGAAUAAAGGUUGGACCUUAUAUCUGCA